AUGGUGUGGCACCCACUGGUGGAGGGCAGAGAGAAGAUCGUGAAGGAGGCCAAGCUUCCGCCCUUCAUUCGAGCACGAGAACUGGCCAAGAAGCUGGGAAUCAAUCUCAAGGACAUCACACGACGGCUUACAUCCGAAGGAUUGCGCUUCAAGACGCCCAAGGACCUGAUCUUUUCGUGGGAAGCAACCUCACAGUUCGCGGAGAGCAUCGGCAUCGAGCCUGUGUUCGACGACCCUGACCUGCGGCGCGACGCCGUUUCCCACCGCGAGCGGCGCAAGGCCGGCCCGGCCGGUCAAGUCAUCGGCAAGGGAAUGGUCCUGCGACCAGGGAUUGUGUCGGUGAUGGGCCAUGUGGACCACGGCAAGACGACGCUCCUGGACGCACUCCGGAACACCAACGUGGCCGCGCGGGAGGCGGGAGGGAUCACACAGAGGCUGAGCGCCUUCAAGCAACAGCAGCCUGGCGAGGAGUCGAACCACGGCAAGGCCAUCACAUUUUUGGACACGCCCGGCCACAAAGCAUUCUUUCGGAUGCGGUCGAACGGGGCGUACCUGUCGGACAUGGUGGUGCUGAUCAUCGCCUGCGACGAGGGCAUCAAGCCGCAGACCAAGGAGUCCUACGACCUGGCGCUGGAAUCCGAACUGCCAGUGGUGAUCGCGCUCAAUAAGAUCGACCUCCCGGUCGACACCUCGAAGAUCAAGCGGAGGCUCGAGCGAUUGGGAUGGGUGCCCUCGCCCAGCGGCACAGCCGCCACCAAUAGCUCAACUGCGCCGCCGUCCAACGUCAGGGCCGUCGUGGAGAUCUCGGCCAAGGAGCGACGCAACCUGGACGUGCUCGUGUCGACGCUGGCCAACACUUGCCGGGAGAUGAACCUGUGGGAGGACACGACGUGCCCGCCUGAGGCCACGGUGGUGGAGGUGUGGAGCGAGGACGGCUCGCGCGGGCGCGUGCUCAAGGUCAUCGUGCACUGCGGCGUGCUCGAGGUGGGCCAGCACUUUGUCGUGGGCUACCAAGCCGGCCGCGUGCGCGCCAUCUUCGACGAGGACCGGAAACAGGUGGAGAGGGCCAUGCCCGGCGACCCCGUCGAGAUCGUGGGCCUCUACCGCGGCACGCUCCCCUCGCCGGGCGAUGACCUGUUCGUCGUCUCGCGCGACAAGGCCGAGCAAGUGGUCGAGUUCCGCAAUCUGGUGACCGACUUCCAGGGCACCGAGGGCAAGUACGAUCAGGCUCUCAUCAACUCCAUUCACCGAGAGUCGGCACACAGCGCAGAGGACACCGACGAACAGACAAACGAAGGAGAAGAAGAAGAAGAAGGCGACGAUGAAGAAGAGGAAGAGGAUGAGGAUGAAAAGGCGACCGUACCCUACGAGGAGGAAGAGGAGCCGGUGGUGAACGUGGUGCUGAAGGCAGACAACCUCGGGUCGCUGUACACGCUGGUCGAUGCCUGCAACGAGCUGUCGAGCCAAGGCGGACCCAAGGUCAACAUCGUGCGGGCGGGCGUGGGCAACGUGAGCGCUACGGACGUGGCCUACGCCACCAGCGCCGAGUGUGCCAUCUACACCUUCAACGUGGGGCUCACCCACGACAUCAAGCUGCGGAAGGUCAACAACAAGCUCAAGAUCCGGAUCAAGCAUUUCGACGUCUUCUACCACCUUCUCGAUGACCUCAAGAAGGAGCAAGACGCCCUGCGGUAG